AUGGCUCUCACCUGGACGUUGCUGCUGCUAACGUUCACCCUCACUACAUCAGCUAGCGAACGAUGCUUUCGCGUAGACUACGAAAACAAUGUCUUCCUGAAGGACGAUGAACCUUUUCAGUUUGUUUCUGGGUCGUUUCACUACUUUCGAGUGCUCAAGGACAGUUGGAAGGACCGGCUGAUCAAGAUGAAGAACGGCGGCCUGAACGUCGUGCAGACGUACGUGGAGUGGAGUGGCCACGAACCAGAACCGCAGCAGUACAACUUCGAGGGAAACUACGACAUCGAGACAUUCCUGAAGCUAGCCCAGGAAGUAGGACUCUUUGUCGUCCUCAGACCAGGACCUUACAUUAGCGCUGAGAGAGACAAUGGAGGUCUACCUUACUGGCUCUUGAGGGAAAAUCCGAGGAUGGUCUACCGUUCUUUCGACCCAACUUUCAUGCUCCCUGUCGACCGCUGGUUCCACUAUUUCUUGCCCAUGAUUCAGGAUUACAUGUACCACAACGGUGGGCCCAUCAUAAUGGUACAAGUCGAAAACGAAUAUGGCGAAUACAAGGAAUGCGACUGCAGGUACAUGGAACAUCUUGUCUACAUAUUUCUUCAGCAUUUGGGAACGGAUACGGUGCUGUACCGUCAGGACUAUCCUCUCGAAGAGAACUACAUAUGCGACGAGGCGCGGCAGACAUUUGUCUCUGGUAGCUUUAAAUACAAUGAAACUAUUGCUGACGUUUUUGACAUUAUGAACAAGAGUCAAGGAAAUGAAGGGCCCAUGUUAGUGUCCGAGUAUUAUCCUGGGGGCUGGCAGUCUCACUGGGGCUGGGAAGAGGUGACGUUUCCAGAAGAUAAGGUUAUCGCGAAGUUAGAAGAAAUGCUUUCGAAAAAGGCGUCGGUGAAUUUCUACAUGUACGUCGGAGGCACCAACUUUGGCUUCACCAACGGAAACAGACCACCGCCUCUUGUCACUAGCUACGACUACGGAUCUCCAAUUUCAGAAUGUGGCGAUACGCGUCCAAUAUACCACACGCUUCGGCAAAGUAUUAACAAAUUCCUACCGCUACCAGAGUACAUCGUUAUUGAUCCUGAACCCCGGUUGAACCUAGGCUCAGUGACUUUGAGCGAGAGCCUUGACCUUGUCAAUGUCUUAAGUCGCUUUAGAAGAUCAGGACGAAUCGAGUCACGCAAAGCUAAACAACCCUUGACAUUUGAAGACAUCGGACAGUGUUGCGGAUACGUUGUGUACUCGACUGUCAUAAACUUCGAUCCAGAUGAAUCGGCGAAGCUUUCUGUACCGGGACUCAAGGACCGCGGCUACUUGCUCACAAAAACCGGCGUCUUUGUCAUGAGUUCUGAAGAUAAGGUAUUUGAAGUUGAAAUGGCGCUCAAGAGAGGAGACUCCUUAUCGAUUGUCGUCGAGAACGAAGGCAGGAUCAACCGAGGAAGGGAGAACCACGAUCCGAAGGUGAGAAUCUAUUAA